GGGGCUGGGUGCCUACGGGUCAGGGUCCCUAUGGAGGUGGGUCCCUACAGAGCUGGGUCCCUAUGGAGCUAGGUUGUUAUGGGUCAGGGUCCCUAUGGAGCUGGGUUGUUAUGGGUCAGGCUCCCUAUGAAGCUGGGUUUUUAUGGGUCAGGGUCCCUAUGGGUCAGCAUCCCUAUGGAGCUGGAUUCUUAUGGGUCAGCGUCCCUAUGGAGCUGGUUUUCUGUGGGUGUGGGUCCCUACGGAUCAUGGUCCCUAUGGAGCUGGGUCCGUAUGGGCCAGGGUCCCUACGGAGCUGGAUCCCUAUGGAGCUGGGUUGUUAUGUGUCAGGGUCCCUAUGCAGCUGUGUCCCUAUGGGUCAGGGUCCCUAUGGAGCUUGGUGCCUACGGAACUGGGUCCCUAUGGAGCUGGGUUCUUAUGUGUCAGGGUCCCUACGGGUCAGCAUCCCUACGGAGCUGGUUUUCUAUGGGUGUGGGUCCUUAUGGGUCGUGGUUGCUAAGGAGCUGGGUUCCUAUGGGAGCGUGUUCCUACGGGUCAGGGUCCCUAUGGAGGUGUGUUCCUAUGGGAGCUGUGUCCCUGUGGGUCAGGGUCCCUAUGGAGCUGGUUUUGUGUGGGUGUGGGUCGCUACAGAUCAUGGUCCCUAUGGAGCUGGGUUCUUAUGGAUUAGGAUUUCUAUGAGUCAGUAUCACUAUGGAGCUGGUUUUCUGUGGGUGUGGGUCCUUAUGGGUCAUGGUUCCUACGGAGCUGGGUGCCUAUGGGUGUGUGUCCCUAUGGGUCAGGGUCCCUAUGGAGGUGGGUUGCUAUGGGAGCUGUGUCCCUAUGGAGCUAGGAUCUUAUGGAUCAGGGUCCCUAUGGAUCAGCAUCCCUACGGAGCUGGUUUUCUGUGGGUUUUUUAUGAGUCAUGGUCCCUACAGGGCUGGAUCCCUAUAGAAGCACAUCCCUAUGGGUCAGGGUCCCUAUACAUUUAGAUCCUUGUGGGCUGGGGUCCCCAGGGUGGGGGGGUCCCUAUGAGAUUUGUCUCCCCAUAGCUCCGUCUCCCUAUGAGGUGUCCACCCCCCUCCCCACACCGGGAGACACCCCCAGCCCCUGACCGCUCUCUCCCCUCACCCCCCUGCCCCUCCAGGCGCUGCGGGCAGGGCUGGCCGGGGCGGGGGCGCGGGGCUUCGUACAGGUGCUGGUGGCACCGGGUCGGGGGCCGGGACUGGCGGCACUGG